AUGUCAUCUGACAAUUCCAUAAAGGGAUUCGUCUCGAGAAAUAGAACAGCCAUCAUAGCAACCAUUGCUGCCGGUACCACUGCUGUAGGUGCUUAUUAUUAUUAUACUCAAUUACAAGCACAACAACAAGAGAAUGUAAGACCUAAAGAAGAUACUGAUAAAUCUACUGCAACAAAGAAGGAAAAGAAGAAAUCCAAAGGGAAAGAAAGUAAGAAACCACAAGAAGAUACACCAACUACAAAAAAGCCUAUUUACCUAGUGGAUUCGAACGGGGAACCAAAUUUAAGUGAUAUUGAUUCCUUAACCGAAGAAACUAAAAAUGAAUGGGCUAUGGCAUUAAAGGAUAAAGGUAAUGAAUUAUUUAAAACUAGCAAAUUCGAAGAUGCAAUUAAAUAUUAUCACUAUGCAUUGAAAUUGAAAGACGACCCAAUCUACUACUCCAACAUUUCCGCUUGUUACGCCUCUUUGUUACAAUAUGAAAAAGUUAUCGAAUAUGCCACAAAGGCAUUAAAAUUAAGACCGACUUUUUCAAAAGUUUUAAUGAGAAGGGCAUUAGCUUAUGAAGCUAUGGGUAAUUUUGGUGAUGCGAUGUUUGAUAUCUCUGCUUGCUCUUUGAAUGGUGAUAUGAAUGAUGCGUCCAUUGAACCAAUCUUAGAAAGAAUCUUAAAUAAACAAGCUGAAUUUGUCUUGAAGGAAAAAAUUUCAGCUAAUAAAGAACAAAAUUUACCAUCUUCCACUCCAUUGGCAUCAUUUUUCCGUGUUUUCAAACCAGAAACUUCAUUUGCUAACUAUGAGGAGUCUAAUGAAGCUGACAGGGAAUUAAUGAAUGGGUUAACUAACUUGUAUAAAAACUCUGAAGAAGGUUUCCAAAUUGCUGAUAAAUCAUUCUUAAAGGCUGCUGAGUUGUUCAAAGAUCAAUUAUCCCAAAAUAAAGACAAUGAAGCUAUAAAGGAAAAAACGGCGAUUGCCCUUGAAUAUUCUGGUAUCUUAUAUUACAUGAAAAAUGAAACAUUAAAAGCUCACGAUUCUAUUAAAUCGGCUAUUGAGUUACAUCCAAGAGUUAAUUCAUACAUUUACCAAAGUUUAAUUGGAUCUGACAGCACUACUACCUCUGAAUAUUUACAAAAUUUCGACAAAGCCCUAGAAUUGGAACCUAAUAAUCCUGCAAUUUAUUAUCAUCGUGGCCAAUCUUAUUUCAUUGCUCAACAAUAUGAAAAAGCUGGUAAAGAUUUUGAUAAAGUUAAAGAAUUAGACGAAAAUAACAUAUUUGCUUACAUUCAAUUAGCUUGUUUGGCUUAUCGUGAAAGUAAAUUCGAUGAUUGUGAAACUUUAUUCAGUGAAGCAAGAAGAAAGUUCCCAACUGCUCCAGAAGUACCAAAUUUUUUUGCUGAAGUUUUAGCUGAUAGAGGUGAAAGUGAAAAGGCCAUGAAGGAAUUUGAUAAAGCUAUCGAAUUAGAAGCGAAGACUCCAGAGGAAAUUCACGUUGGUAUCGCUCCUUUAAUUGGUAAAGCUACUUUAUUAAUUUCUAAACCAACCGUUGAGAAUUUUGUUGAAGGUAUCCAAUUAUUACAAGAAGCUUGUGACAAGGAUCCAAGAUCUGAACAAGCCAGAUUGGGUCUUGCUCAAUUGAAGUUACAGCAGGAAGAUAUUGAUGAAGCAAUUCAAUUAUUUGAAGAAGCCGCCGAACUUGCUAAGAGUUAUGAAGAAAAAUUGCAAGCAACUACUUUUGCUGAAGCUGCGAAGAUUCAAAAAAGAAUUAGAGCCGAUCCAGCCAUGGAUGCUAAAAUUAGACAAACUAUUGAACAAAUGCGUUCUCAGAUGUCAAUGUGA